CUUACGUAAUCUAAUUAAAAAUUUGGCACUAAAUCAAAUGAUUUAUUCUUUAUAAGCCUAAUUCAACACUUGGCUAGUUGCCUAAGUUUCCAUCAUCAUAUGAUAUGAUAUAUAAUAAAUAUCACCACAAUUCCUCUCACAAUCACUUUAGCCUUCAAUACCUCAAACUUUGGUAUACAACAACAGAUAAUAUAAAAACAUCUCUUCUUGGGUCUAUCAAAUCUCUCUGUAGUUACUGCCCUUAACAUAUAUCACUUUGGAAUUGCUUCAUUUCUACUUCUUUUUGUUCUUUCUGCUUUUGCAGAAGAUAUUCUCUUCAUUGUUGUUAUGUGUAAACCCAACAUCCAUAAUUUAUGCUAUUUUUUGUUCUCUCAUUCUUAUCUCUUUGCUCUUAACCUUCUUAAACAUUCUCUUGUCUUUACACAUGCAUCAUAACCAAGUCAUUGUGAAACUUCAUCAAUUUUCAUACAUAAUUCUAGUAAAUGCUUCUAAGGCCAUUUCCUUGUUCUAAAGCACUUUGUAACAUAUCAAAAUUUUCUUGCAACAAUUAAGACCACAAAACAAAAGCUCUUAACCAAAGUCAAAGGUAGGUAGUUCAGUUAUUUAAGCCUUGUAGAGUGAAGAAAAUUGAAGGGGUGCAGAAAGUAAAAACAAAACAUGUCUAAAAAGGCUUUGACAUCAAUGAAAGAUGAAAAUCAAGAAUUGCAGAAGCAAAUUGGAUGCAUUAGUGGAUUUUUUCAGCUAUUUGAUCGUCAUAGGUUUCUCACAGGCCACAACAACAGUCACAAUAUGGCAAACCAAGGGGGAACAGGAAAUAACAUCAAAGAGUUGAAUAAUGCAAUACAAAAGACAAAGGCAAAGAAUGUGAAGGUUCCAAGAGAGAAUCAACAAUCCUCCACAGAAUCAUCAUCAGGAACUUCCAUGUCUUCGUCGUCUUGUUCAUCUAGCAUGUCAUCCAUCGAGUUUAACAGAACAAUACAUAUAGAACCACCAUCGAUAAGUCCAAUGAAAACCACAGAAAAUUCCAAUUCAGAAGCAGCAGCGAAGCAACAUGACAACCAAAGAAAUCAAUCACCUAAUUUCCAUGAUAUUGUCAAAGACUCGAUGCAUAAAGACGCACAAAGAUUAUCGGUAAAAACUCUGGCUAAAGAGGAAAAGAAGGGUCGAAUCUUGAAACACAUCGACUCUCCGCGGCCUAUGGUUCCUUGGGACUCACCAAGACUCUCCUAUGAUGGGAGAGAUAUACAAAGUGUAUCCAAAUUUGCCACAAAGCAGAAGGAACUCCCGAGGUUUUCCUUGGACAGCAAGGAAAGAUCCAUCAAAAGUUUCAAUGAAGGAACAAAAACUCGAAACCUUUUGAAGGGUCCACAGAACGUGCGUGGAGGCUCCAACACAAUGGUAAAGCAGAUGGAAGAACCAGAAAGUGCUAAAAGACCAUCAAGUGUUGUGGCAAAGUUGAUGGGACUAGAAGCAUUCCCUGACUGGAGCGAAACUUCUGAUAGCUGCAACACUAACAAAGACGACACAUUUGCAGGAUCUAGAAUGAGCUAUGAAUACAUGCAACAGCAGGAUUCAUCAUUCCAAAAGACAAGCAAAGGGACAAACAUGCUUCAAUCUAGGAGGGAUGGUUCAAUCACAAAUGAGACACCAUAUUCACAAUUUUCCAAGAAUAACGAACCUUCAACAAAGGCCUCAAAUCGGUCCCUCUCGGUCUAUGGUGAAAUUGAAAAAAGGAUGGCGGAUCUAGAGUUCAAAAAAUCCGGAAAGGAUCUUAGAGCCCUUAAACAGAUUCUUGAAGCAAUGCACAGAUACAAAGAAUCAUUAGAUACUGCAAGUGAUCAGACUUCAAAUUCUCCGUAUGACAAUACGAGUAAUAGUAGUGUCGGUGAAAGCUUGAAUGUACAAAGUCCAAGAACACGGCAGAAGAACCCGACAUCUGUCACAGCUGAGAGGUUGAGUUCAACUCAGGGUAGUAAAUCUCCAAUUGUCAUCAUGAAACCAACAAAGGUUGCAAGAAAAACAAAUAAUUCUUCUUCACCAGAAAUGCCAAUUCAUGGUAAAUCAUCAGGUAACAAGGUUUACCGCAGUGAUCCUACUGAUGGAAUGUCAGUUGUCAAGCUUGGCAGGCAAGCAACAAAAGGCAGUCCAGCAAUCAAACAUGUCAAAGAUCCUAUUAGUCCUCCCUUUCAUUCAGUGGAUAGAAGUAAUAGGAUGAGAACUUCAAAAUUGAUGCAAUCCUCAAAAGUUCCUCGAGUCAUCAAUGGAGAAAACAACACCAACUCCGGCGUUAUGGCAGAGACUAGGAGUCCAAGACUACAAAAGAAGUUCGGUUUGGAGAGACGUUCCCCACCAACCAGCCCAAAAUCAGAUAUCAGCAGUAACAGAAGACAACAAAAUAGGCAAUCAACGGAUCUGUCUUUGCCGAGCAAAACAUCCAGACAAAAAUUGUCUCCUUUGAAGGAAAGAAAUGAUCAGAAUGCAGAACAAGACUUGAGCAAGGAAAGUUUUAUGGUUGAAACAAUGGUUACUGCAGAACAACCCAGUCCCGUGUCUGUUCUUGAUGCUUCAUUCUAUAGAGAAGACCCACCUUCCCCGGUUAAAAGGAAAUCAGACAUAUCAAAAGAUUUAGAUGAAGUACUGAACACUUACGAUAAUAGUGAGGAGGACUCAGAAGGUCUUUCUCUUUCAUCCAACACUAACACAAAAGUCAACUUUGGCAAUGGAACCAUUGAUAUUGACUUGAUCACUGAUAAUUUGGUUCAAAUUCUUCAACAAUUUGACCACAAUGAUGAUGAAAGCUUCGCAAACUUCAGUGACCACAACGAUCCUGACCACAAAUAUAUAUCAGAAAUAUUACUAGCAUCAGGACUGCUCACCAGUCCCAGCUCUAGCCAGGCAUUGCAUUCAUCUGGUUACCCGAUAAACCCAAUAUUGUUCCUUGCACUAGAGAAACUAAAGACAAACAAGAUGCAUUCCUACAUUGCAAAGACGAACAAUCAUGAGAAAAUGGAAAGAAAGCUCAUAUUUGAUGUUGUUAAUGAAAUUCUAUUUCAAAAGCUAAUAUUGGAGAGUUCAUACAAGCCAUAUCAGCCAGAAGGAAGAAAACCAGACGGACAACAGCUUUCAGAUAUGCUUUGCACAGAAAUCGACAAGUUACAGCAUAAAAAUAGGAAUGUCAACCUGGCUAAUGAGGAUGAGUAUUUGACAAGUAUCUUGUUGGAAGAUUUGGUGCAGCACCCCACAAGUACAGAAUGCUACAAUGAGAUACCAAAUGUUGUGUUGGAUAUUGAAAGAUUGAUCUUCAAAGAUUUGAUAACUGAAGUUGUGAGAAGUGAAGUAGCUAACCAUUCUGGUUAGUAUUGGAGGAAAUUGCAGUAACCAAGUAGGAAUUCCAGAUAAGCAGGUCUAAUUAAUCUGCGAACUUCCUUUUUUUUAUGUAUACUUAAUAAUACUACGAAGAGUUAGUUAAUAAGCUAAUUAAUUAACAUUCUAAAUUUUAUUUCCUCUAUAAAGUUGUGAUGUUUUUGUCUACCAUUAUCCUUCUUGCAUGUAUUGUAGUAUAUGUUGAUGAAAUACAUGUAGAGAUGCAGACAAAUGUAUAUAUAUAUCAGUGACAAUCUUUUUAAGUACAAUAACAAUUGUCUUAUAUA